AUGGCGGCUGAGAAGUUAAGAGACUUGAGCCAGCCGAUUGACGUCGCUGUGCUCGAUGCCACUGUUGCGGCCUUUUUUGUUACCGGAUCUAAGGAAGAGAGAGCUGCUGCGGACCAGAUUUUGCGGGAUUUGCAGGCUAAUCCAGAUAUGUGGCUUCAAGUUGUCCACAUUCUACAAAACACCAAGAGCAUGGAUACCAAGUUCUUUGCUCUUCAGGUUCUGGAAGGUGUUAUAAAGUAUAGAUGGAAUGCACUGCCUGUUGAACAACGAGAUGGAAUGAAAAAUUACAUCUCAGAGGUCAUUGUACAGCUCUCGAGUAACGAAUCAUCUUUCAGAUCGGAAAGGCUCUAUGUCAACAAGCUAAAUGUCAUUUUGGUCCAGAUUGUGAAACAUGAUUGGCCGGCAAAGUGGACAAGCUUCAUUCCUGAUCUAGUUGCGGCUGCUAAAACUAGCGAAACUAUCUGCGAAAAUUGCAUGGCCAUUUUGAAACUCCUUAGCGAAGAGGUUUUUGAUUUCUCAAGAGGAGAAAUGACUCUGCAGAAGAUUAAAGAGCUGAAACAAUCUCUGAACAGCGAGUUUAAACUCAUUCAUGAGUUAUGCCUAUAUGUCCUCUCAGCUUCUCAAAGACAGGAUCUUAUACGUGCAACUCUGUCUGCGUUGCAUGCCUAUCUUUCCUGGAUUCCAUUGGGUUAUAUUUUUGAGUCUCCUUUGCUUGAGACCCUCCUUAAAUUUUUUCCUGUUCCAGCAUAUAGGAACCUCACUCUUCAAUGUCUGACUGAGGUUGCAGCUCUUAAUUUUGGGGACUUCUACAAUGUCCAAUAUGUCAACAUGUACACCAUAUUUAUAGGGCAGCUGCGGACAAUUCUCCCACCGAGUACAAAUAUCCCUGAGGCCUAUUCAAAUGGAAGUGGUGACGAACAAGCAUUUAUCCAGAACCUGGCACUGUUUUUCACCUCCUUUUUCAAGUUUCAUAUUCGAGUCCUAGAAUCAGCGCCAGAAGUUGUCGCUUUAUUACUUGCUGGUCUUGAGUAUCUCAUUAAUAUAUCAUAUGUUGAUGACACUGAAGUAUUUAAGGUUUGUUUGGACUAUUGGAACUCGUUGGUCUUGGAGCUGUUUGAUGCACAUCAUAAUUCUGAUAACCCUGCAGUAAGUGUAAGCAUGAUGGGCUUGCAGAUGCCUUUCCUUCCUGGUAUGGUUGAUGGCCUUGGUUCUCAAGUCAUGCAGCGGCGUCAACUUUAUUCUAACCCAAUGUCCAAAUUAAGAGGGUUAAUGAUUAACCGCAUGGCGAAGCCUGAAGAAGUACUUAUUGUUGAAGAUGAAAAUGGGAACAUCGUCCGUGAAACCAUGAAGGACAAUGAUGUUCUUGUCCAGUAUAAGAUUAUGCGGGAGACAUUAAUCUACCUUUCACACCUUGACCAUGAUGAUACCGAGAAGCAGAUGUUGAGGAAGCUAAACAAACAAUUAAGCGGGGAGGAAUGGGCAUGGAACAAUUUGAACACUUUGUGCUGGGCUAUUGGGUCUAUUUCCGGAUCUAUGGCUGAAGAUCAGGAAAACAGGUUUUUGGUGAUGGUCAUUCGUGAUUUGUUGAAUUUAUGUGAAAUUACCAAAGGAAAAGACAAUAAAGCCGUUAUUGCGAGCAACAUCAUGUAUGUCGUUGGACAGUAUCCAAGAUUCUUAAGGGCCCAUUGGAAGUUCUUGAAGACAGUAGUGAACAAGUUGUUUGAAUUCAUGCAUGAGACACAUCCCGGUGUUCAGGACAUGGCCUGUGAUACAUUUUUGAAAAUAGUUCAGAAGUGCAAGCGGAAAUUUGUUAUUAUACAGGUUGGAGAGAAUGAACCAUUUGUAUCUGAACUUCUAUCAGGCCUUGCAACGACAGUUCAAGAUCUUGAGCCACAUCAAAUUCACUCAUUUUACGAAUCAGUUGGUAAUAUGAUCCAAGCAGAAUCAGAUCCUCAGAAGAGAGAUGAAUAUCUCCAGCGGUUGAUGGCACUCCCCAACCAGAAAUGGGUAGAAAUCAUAGGACAGGCACGCCAAAGUGUAGAAUUCCUCAAGGAUCCAGGUGUGAUACGUACAGUGCUUAACAUCCUUCAGACUAAUACUAGUGCUGCUACUUCGCUGGGAACAUACUUCUUAACCCAAAUUUCCUUGAUCUUCUUGGAUAUGUUAAAUGUAUACAGAAUGUACAGUGAGCUUGUGUCAACCAACAUUACUGAGGGAGGACCAUAUGCUUCCAAGACGUCUUUUGUAAAACUCCUAAGAUCUGUUAAGAGGGAAACCCUUAAGCUGAUAGAAACCUUUUUAGACAAAGCUGAAGACCAACCACACAUAGGGAAACAAUUUGUGCCGCCAAUGAUGGAAUCAGUACUUGGUGACUAUGCGAGGAAUGUACCUGAUGCUAGGGAAUCCGAAGUUCUUUCACUCUUUGCAACGAUUAUAAACAAGUACAAGGCGACAAUGUUAGAAGACGUGCCUCACAUAUUUGAAGCUGUAUUCCAGUGUACAUUGGAGAUGAUAACUAAGAACUUCGAGGAUUAUCCAGAACAUCGCCUCAAGUUUUUCUCACUACUUCGGGCAAUUGCUACAUUUUGUUUCCCUGCCUUGAUAAAGCUAUCAACUCCGCAACUGAAGCUAGUGAUGGAUUCAAUUAUCUGGGCAUUUAGACAUACUGAGAGAAAUAUUGCUGAAACUGGGCUUAAUCUUUUGCUUGAGAUGCUGAAAAAUUUUCAGCAAUCCGAGUUUUGCAUUCAAUUCUACCGGUCAUACUUCAUGCAAAUCGAGCAAGAAAUUUUUGCCGUUUUGACCGAUACCUUCCAUAAGCCUGGCUUCAAGCUGCAUGUGUUGGUGCUGCAGCAUCUGUUUUGCCUGGCUGAGAGCGGUUCUUUGACGGAACCUUUGUGGGAUGCUGCAACCGUACCUUACCCGUAUCCUGACAACGCUGCGUUUGUUCGUGAAUACACCAUUAAGCUACUGAGCUCUUCAUUCCCCAACAUGACUACAGCAGAGGUCACACAAUUUGUGAAUGGACUUUACGAGUCAAGAAAUGACCCGUCUGGUUUUAAGAAUAAUAUUCGUGAUUUCCUUGUCCAGUCUAAGGAAUUUUCCUCUCAGGAUAACAAAGAUCUAUAUGCGGAGGAAGCAGCUGCGCAGAGAGAGAGAGAGCGUCAAAGAAUGCUUUCUAUUCCUGGGCUCAUUGCUCCUAAUGAGAUUCAAGACGAGAUGGUGGACUCGUAAAAUUAAGAAGGCUAUACAAGAAAAAGAAGAAGCUCCCUGAAUUUUUUUUUGUAAUAGUAGGUUUUGAAAACAGGAAAGAGUUGAGGAGAGAUUAUUUUCCCCGACUGUAUCUCUGCUGCUGCCUUUCUUCGAAGCCUUUACUCAAUUCGAUUUUGAGGAUUGGAAAAGCUAAGAAAACAGAAAUCUUUUUGGGGAUAAAUUAGUGUCUUUGUUUUGGAUAAUUAAUUGGGUUUAACGUAGAUUUUAAACAUUAGGGUUCUUCUCUAGUUAUUAUUAUCAUAUGGUUGGCUCCUUUUUUUUUGCUUUGCUUUAAAUAUUAGACCUUUUUCGGGUUUGUUUCUAUUGCCAGAUAACUCGCGUUUUAGGUGCAAGAUGUUUUUCUUUUAAGAUUUUCUUAAUUCUAUUACUAUUAUCUUA